AUGCUGCAAAGAGCCGAGGUAAAAUCAAUUGUCACUGAUCCUGGCCAAAGUCACCUGUCCGCGGUUGCCAUACCCAAUGUUUUGCCCACUACUUUUGCACUGACACUAAAUGAGGGCUCAUCUCCAAUGAGCAUGGAUUUUCAUCCCACUUGGCAGACUCUUCUUCUAUGUUAA